AUGUCAAAAGCAAGUAGCAUAGCCAACAUCGCACUGAAAAAGAAAAAGUAUUUCACGGAUUUGCCUUCGCUCAAGGUGCUCUCAAGACCACAUGAUGCGAGGUCUGAAGUAACAGUGUAUGUAAAAGGCUUCCUAGCUGAAGGAGACUCGCCUGAAAACUUUCAAGACUGGCUACAUUCGCAUCGACUACUCGUAUUGAGCCCAAGCCAUCGAUGGGCACCUGCUGCAUUGGGGUACUCGUGGCCAUCAGGCAGCGCAACUUCACAUAUACCAAUUCCUCUUGCUUCAUUUGGAUCCACUGCAUAUCUGAUUGCUAAAAAUCUAAAGCAGUUGAAGAACCUUCGAUUUCCUACUCCGGCAUCCAUCGCAGGUGCGUUAGCAGUGGAUGUUGGUAUUCACGCAACUCGAUUAGCAUACCAAUUUAGCAUAGCAAAUCAAGAAAGCCAUGAUAGAGCAGAAAUGCUGGCGUGGCGACUACUGGAUCUUCGUCGGAAAUAUGAAUAUUUGAGGGUGGUAGGGCAUUCUCUUGGCUGUCGACACAUAGUCGAGGCCUGUUCAUUAAUGAAUGCCAAUGAAAGACCAGACUCAAUACAUUUGUGUGCUCCGGCGCUUGUUGCACCAGACAUUGUAAAUCAGAUUCGCAAAGAGACAGGUGGUUUAGGACAAAACAAGACAUUGAUUUACUACUCGCCAAAGGAUCUAACAUUGGGCAUUUUACUACGAACCCUUCUAAAAGGAGACCAAGCCAUCGGUGAAAUCGGAUUACCGCAACAAGUAGGAUUUGAGAAAGACUGGCUUGAUGAAACAGUGAAAUCGAUUGAUGUAUCCAAGAGUCUAGGUGGUUUCUACGUUGGCGCACAUACUGACUAUGCCAACAAGUUUCAUUACUUUGCGCAACCAUAUUAA